AUGCGUCUAGCUUCAGUGCUCCUCGGUGCCUGCGGGCUGGCUUUCUCCGCAGCACAAUCGGAUCCCCUUGAGGGAUAUGCGUUUCUGUACUUCACCGGCAACUCUAUUGCCGGCGAGAAUAUCUUCCUCGCUGCAUCCACCGGCAACGACGCGCUGAACUGGACAGAGCUUAACGGCGGCCAGCCCAUCCUCAAAUCCUCGUACGGCACAAAGGGAUUGCGGGAUCCCUUUGUCAUCCGCUCAGCGGAAGGCGACAGGUUCUUCCUCCUCGCCACAGACCUCUCAAUUGGCUCUGGAACUUCGUGGGGCGACGCGGUACGUACAGGAAGCCGGUUUCUGGAGAUCUGGGAGUCUAGAGAUCUCAUCAAUUGGUCGGCGCAACGUCAUGUCGAAGUAUCACCACCGACAGCGGGAAAUACCUGGGCACCUGAGGCAUUCUACGACUCGGACCUCGGGCAGUAUGUGGUGUACUGGGCUUCUUCGCUUUACGACGAAGCAGAUACCAACCAUACUGGAUCUACAUAUCACCGGAUGCUGUACGCCACCACGAGCGACUUUGUUACCUUUAGCGAGCCGCAAAUCUGGCAAGAUGCAGGCAUGUCACGCAUCGACUCGACUGUGAUCAAGGAUGGGAGCACAUACUAUCGUUUCACCAAGGACGAAGGAGCUUCUGGAACUGGGUGCGCAGAUAUCAUUGAAGAACGCUCCGAUUCUUUGCGCGCCACGCUGGGAUUGUGGACGCAGGUCACUGCUUGCAUUGGGAAGAAUGCAGGGACUAAGUCGGUAGAGGGGCCGACCGUGUUCAAAUCCAACCCGAAUGAUGUGAAUGGGGAGAAAUUCUAUUUGUUUGUGGAUGAGUAUGUUGAUCGCGGUUAUAUUCCUCUUGAGACAGAGGAUCUGGCGAAUCCGGCGUGGAAGGUGUCGGCUGAGUAUAAGUUGCCGGCGAGUCCUCGUCAUGGCACUGUCAUUCCAAUUACGGCAAAAGAGCUCGCUACAAUAACUGCUAGCACAACAGCUUCCAAAAGACAGCUCCAGAAAACCAAGCUCGCAAAGCGAACCAGCCCCGUCCUCCCAGGCCUUUACGCCGAUCCCAACAUCGCCAUAUUCGGCAACACCUACUAUAUCUACGCCACGACCGACGGCUUCGCAGGCUGGGGCGGCAACGUCUUCUACGUCUGGAAGUCACCCGACCUCGUAACAUGGACGCGCUCUACCUCUCCUAUCCUCACCCUCAAUGGCACAUCCGGCAACGUCCCCUGGGCGACCGGCAACGCCUGGGCUCCCACCAUCAUCGAGCGCAACGGAAAGUACUACUUCUACUUCAGCGGACAAAACCCAACCUACAAUCGCAAGACCAUCGGUGCGGCCGUUGCGGACUCCCCCGAGGGUCCCUUCACCGCGCAACCUACCGCGAUGAUUCUCAACAACGAGGCGAUUACGAGCGGCCAGGCCAUCGACGCCGCCGCCUUCCAAGAUCCCACGACGGGGAAGUACUACCUGUUUUGGGGAAACACAGGCACAGGGCAACCGCUGUACGCCGAGCUCGCGGACGACAUGGUGUCCCUAAAAGAGAAGACACUGGCUACGACCAGCGGCUUGACCAACUUCCGCGAGGGCGUCUUCGUAAACUACCGCCGAGGACUAUUCCACAUGACAUACUCGAUUGACGACACCGGCAGCGAGAACUACCGCGUGGGCUAUGCCACAUCCCUCAACGUGACCGGUCCGUGGACGUACCGCGGAAUCAUCCUCCAGAAGGAUGUAGAGAAGGGAAUCCUGGCGACGGGACAUGAUAGCAUUGUGCAGGUUCCUGGGACGGACGAUUGGUAUAUUGCGUAUCAUCGUUUCAAGAUUCCGGAUGGGGAUGGGACGCAUCGGGAGACGACGAUUGACAAAGUGUUCUUUGACGAGGAAGGGAUUAUGGUCCCGGUUGUGCCGACUUUGGAGAGUGUGGGACCGCAGCGGAUUAAGCAGACCAGGUAUUAA